AGAAAGUUACACACACACACACACACACACACACACACACACACACACACACACACACACACACACACACACACACACACAAGAUCAUCACAACAACUGUGCAUGACAGGAAAGCCAUUAUGAAGCUUCUGCCAGUGAGACCUUUAUAGCAUGGUUCAGUAGCAGCAGUAAACGAGUGGGCAGGUGGAGGACUGUCCAUGAUCGUACCCGGAAAAACAGGCUGGAUUAAAAAAAAAAAAAAAAAAAAAAACCCGCUCAGAAAUAGAUCGAACCAAGCUUCAAAAGUCGAUAAAAGCCUACUCGAGUGAAAAUAUAUCGGGUAAGCUUUUCUCCUGUCUUUCUGGGGUGGAUUAUCCUCACCGGGAGUAAAUUCUCACCUGUUGGAGUGGUCACCAGUCCAGGAUUUCAAAUUCAGACCUGCAUUGAAGCCAUGGGAUCGACCAGCCCUCCCAAAGGCUGUGGUUCCAGUAUCAGCUCCAUAUUUUACAACCUGUGUGACCUCACUACAGUGUGGGGGGUCGUGGUGGAGGCCGUAGCCACUGCUGGUGUCAUCACCUCCUUCGUUCUCUUCAUUGUCCUCAUGGCCUGCUUACCAUUCGUGACGGACAAGAAGAGAAAGGCUAUGGUGGCCCUGCAGGCGGGCAUUCUGGUCUUUACUCUGGGACUCUUUGGACUCACUUUUGCCUUCAUCGUGGGUCGGUACUCCACCAGCUGUGCUGCUCGGAGGUUCCUCUUUGGAGUGCUGUUCUCAGGCUGUCUGUCCUGCCUGAUGAUGCACGCGUUGUGGCUGGCCCUGCUGCAGCGCGGCCGGGGUCCCAGAUGCUGGAUGUUCUGCCUGGGUGCGCUUGGUCUGUGGAUGGUGGAGGUGAUCAUCAACACUGAGUGGCUCAUCACCACUGUGGUCAGGAGCUCACCCGGAGAUGAAGCCGCCCCUGACCUCUCUUGCAGCUUUGAUAACCUGGACUUUGUGAUGGCGCUGAUCUACGUCAUGGUGCUGCUGGUCGCUGCAGUAGUGAUGUCUGUGCCCACGGUGACACACAAGCAGAAGCAGUGGCGGCGAGACGGAGCUUUCAUUCUGGUGACGGGGCUCUUCACCUUGGCCAUCUGGGUGACUUGGAUUGUCAUGUACCUCCAUGGUAACCAAGUGGUCGGAACUCCGAGCUGGGAUGAUCCCACUCUGGCUAUAGCUUUGGUUUCAAAUGCCUGGGUGUUCCUCUUCUUCUACUGCAUCCCAGAAAUAAGCUUACUGACCAAGGAGGACCCAGACCAGGAGCCGCUGGAUGACGGAGAUCAUGUUUAUCCCACCAGGAGCCUGGUGUAUGACAACAUCCUGAAGGAGCCGGAGACACGCCCGCAGAACAUGUACAUAGAAAAUAAAGCCUUCUCUAUGGAUGAGCCUACAGUAUCCAUAAGGCCGGAGUCUCCGUACGGUUCUUAUAACGGCCAGAUGCGAAGUUGUGUGUACCAGCCCACUGAAAUAGCACUAAUGGCUAAGGGCUUAAGGAUAAACCAAGAAGCGAUGCUCCCCCGAGCCAGAACCCCGUCUUUGAAUCCGGGGUGCGUGGGCUCCCUGCCUCGUUCACACGUGUCCCUACCUUCUUAAGGACUGUCACAUGCAGGCAGUAGGUCUCAAAGAGAGCUACCAACACUUAAAGCCAUGAGAUUAAGCUCCACUUAGGGCUUUGUUGCACCCACACUAACUAGAUUCUCUGUUUGUAUACAUGUUAAGAUUUUCCCUACCACAUGUUUCAAACAUUACAAAGUCCGUUAGUUUAACAAUCUGCUGUAUCAUAGAGUACUGGAGCUUUAAAAUAACUACAGAUCUACAGACAUUUUUUUAAACAAAAGCUGCUGUUAGCAACAGAGAGACAGACAGCGCUGUCUAAAUUGCACAAUCAUGUUGUCAAUGUUUCAUUGUGCAAUAUAGAAGGCGUGCAGGAGUAUGUUUGCACUUUUUGGUCAUUAAAAACAAGAAAUUACCCAAAAUGGAGUGCCUAGGAUUUCUACUUUUGUUGAAGUGGUAUCAAAAACAGCUAUUAAUAGUUUCAUUUUCACUAGUAUCAUAUCUGCGUUUACAUUUCUGUUGUCCUGACAACCGAAAUAUGUACAGCCUUCAAUAUUUUAUUUUGAAAUGUAGUGCCUCAGUUCCUCUAUUUCAUUUCUAACCUCUCUGAGCACACCCCUUACCUCCUACUGAAUGUUAAUCCAGCUUUUUCACAAGUUGCUCAAUGGGAGAAGACGAAAUGUCAGGAGAAAACACUACAUGUAUGGGUCUUCAUGGUAAAGUAAUUAGAGCCCGACUGAUUAAUCGGCCAGUUGAUAAUAUCGGCCGAUUUUAGCGUAUCAAGUGACUAUCGGUUAAUUUUAUCGCAGCUGUUACUAGAUUUAUUUACUAGUCAAAUAGCAUUUCGUUUGAGUUUCAUUGUAAUAAACUAGCAGUUCUCUAUCACCAGCAGUGUGUGCUGUAUGGAUUACAACAAGCUUGUCGAGCGGUGAUGCACGUACAUGUGCAGUAACUUUCCAGUUGAGUGACCAUCUUGUCUUCAUUAUAUAUCUUUUCCACAAGUUUUGAUAACUGCAUUUGAGGGAGAAAUGCAAUAAAUGUGGGUAUCUAUAUCUAAACAUCGAACAUAAAUCAAAGAAAGAUAUCGGCUGAUUUUUUUCUCUUCCUAAUAUCGAUAUCGGUAUCUGCUCAAAAAAUGUUUUAUAGGUCGGGCCCUGAAAAAAUGUCUUCACUUUUUGGAACUAAACCUUCUGUAUGUUGAUGCUGGAGACACAAUAGACAAGGAUUAGGCACGGAUAAAGGUUUAUACAUCUGACUGUUACAGGUUAGUUUUUGUGUUCUCUGUGAUUGUUUUUUUUCUGCUGAUUUUGUAAUCUGUUUGCAGUUAAACACACUCAUGUAAUGAAGACGUACUCUGAGAGCCAUACAUCUUUGUAGUGUCUUGGACUUAUAGAAAUGUAAUAUCAUGUAAAGUUGUCAAAUUCUAACUUAUUAAACCUGUAAAGGUUCCUAAAAAACCUGGUGUAUCUGAUGGAUCUUUGGGUUGUCGCAGACUUGCAGGUCAGGCAGAUAAUGGGGCGAUGCAAGAGGAAGUGUCACAGGUAUUACCAUGAACUUUAUGCUGCACAGUUAUUUACAUAUGCUUGUUUGAUCGUCUAUAAAAGCUUAUCAUACUGCUGUGUAUGGGCUUACUCUGCGAAGAAGGCAUAAUACUUUAAAAAGGAGGCACAGAGAUGAUUCCUGAAUGCAGUUUAAAUAUUAACACAGUUAUAAAUUGCUUGUUUUUCAAAAUAAAAUACCAUGUAUUCGAAAUAUUAGUGCAGGUUUAAGCAAAUUAGCGUGAACAACUGCUUUGAGUUCUUCCUUUCCUCUACAAGAGCAGGAACAAUUAUUAACAAAUGAUGUCGCACACACACACAGAUUUUCAGAGCUUCCGAGUGAGUGGAGGCUGCCUAGCAGCAGGCUGAGUAGGCUCUCUCUCGAUCACUCCCACCAUCCUCUGCUGUCAGCAGCCAGGAAAGAAAAGUAGCUCACAAACUGGAAGUCACACAGAUUAGAAAUAUACAACAGAUCAUGUGUGUAGAUUGUCAGGAUUUUACUCCUCUUGGCUACACCCUUUGUUUUCCCCUUUUGUUGUUGUUGUUGGAUACAAAACAGAUGCAAAGUGCUGCGAAAAACAACCUGCAAGUGAACACAAAAGGACAAAUGUAUCCAAAUUUAAACAAAAUGAGGCUUUCGGACACAAGAUGAUGUUUUCUGAGGAUUUCCAACAACAACAAUUCCCUUCCUACUUGGUAGCAACUGCCUUAUUACUGAUAUGAUAAGCUCUGGAUUAAUGGUCAAAACUUUAGGCUGUCCCAGAGGAGCUGGAUAAGGUGACCCCGCCCCCUCCUUUUAGGAGACAUUCUAAAUACAUGAAACCUUGGCAGCAUCUUUGUUUACAUUGUAGAAGACAUUCAUUCCUGAUCAAUGACUAGAGCUCUGUUCAAAUCUCUCUCUGCCAGGCAGCACCUUUAAAGCCCCUGGUGAUAUGAAGAGCUGUCUUGUGCACAUGGACACAGGUGGUUACAUGACCAGUGGUGGUUCAGCUCCGCUCAUGGGAGUCAGCACUACCAAUCACAAGCAGCUGUCCCCACUUAACGCAUUUCAUUGUCACUGUGACAACCUUCUGUGGACAAACACAGCUGAAAAAACACACACACACACACACACGAUGACAGAGAUUCAGUAUUUACGGAUUAUAGCAUAUGAAUGAUGUUAUCAAUAUAUAUUUUUUUGCUUUUAGAUCUAUUACGCUAAGAAAGAGGCAGCUGUCAAACAAAACAGAACCUCUCUGCAUUUGUACAGUUU